AUGCAAAACCUGAGCAGCGUUCAGAUUAACGCCACGUCUGACCGGAGCCUGACGGUAAUCGUGAAGGUGUGCGUGGUCAUCCCCAUCUUCAGCAUCUUCCUCUACUUCAUCAUCCUCAUGCUGCACACGUUUGCGUCACACCGGCACUUCCUGGAGAGCCCGCGUUACAUCCUCUUCACCUACAUGCUGGCCAACGACACGCUGCAGCUGUUGACCUCUGUGCUCCUCUUCCUCUUCGUCAUGGCACAGGUGAAAUUCGCGCUGGUCUUCUGCGCGCCACUGCUUUUCUUCUCCACGGCCACGUUCCUCAACACGCCGCUCAUCCUGGCCGUAAUGUCGCUCGAGCGCUACGUGGCCAUCUUCUACCCAAUGCGCCGUCCAUCCGCCUGGCGCGCCGAGCGCAUCUGGCUCAUCAUCCUGGCCAUUUGGCUGCUCAGCUGCAUGCAGCCCGCGGUGGACUUCGUCUUGAGCAAGCCGCGCAGCGCCGCCGACGUCCUCACCACGCCGGUGCAGUGCAAGACUGCCGUGCUGAACGUGUCGCCGGCGCAGAUGCUCUUCAAAGUCGUGCUGAACGCGCUCUUCUUCGCCGUCGUCGCCGCCGUCAUCCUCUUCACGUACGUGCGCAUCCUGCUGGGCACGCGCACCAUGCGGCAGGACCGGGCGUCGGUGUCCAAGGCCCUGCACACGGUCCUCCUCCACGGCCUCCAGCUGCUGCUCAGCACCAGCGCCUUCACCAUUCCCUUCACCGAGCACCUGAUCGUGCUGCACGUGGGCUGGCUGCGCGAGCACAUGUCCUUCCUCAACUACAUCAGCUUCGUGGUCAUGCCGCGCGUUCUCAGCCCGCUCAUCUAUGGCCUGCGCGACGAGAGUCUGCGCACGCACAUGAGGCGCUCGCCGCUCUGCUGUUCCGCCAGGGGUUGCGGGUCAAGCAAAGUCGGCCACAGGGGGUCAAAGGGCAAGAGCCCGGGAAAGUGA